AUGGGAUUUCUCGUGUCCAAGGGAAACCUUCUCCUCCUGCUGUGUGCCAGCAUCUUCCCCGCUUUCGGCCACGUGGAAACGCGAGCCCAUGCGGAGGAACGUCUCCUGAAGAAACUCUUCUCCGGUUAUAACAAGUGGUCCCGUCCUGUCGCCAACAUUUCAGAUGUGGUCCUGGUCCGCUUCGGCUUGUCCAUAGCCCAGCUCAUCGAUGUUGAUGAGAAGAACCAAAUGAUGACCACAAAUGUGUGGGUGAAGCAGGAAUGGCAUGACUACAAGCUGCGCUGGGACCCCCAGGAGUAUGAAAAUGUCACAUCCAUCCGAAUCCCCUCAGAGCUCAUCUGGAGGCCAGACAUUGUCCUCUAUAAUAACGCUGACGGUGACUUUGCAGUCACCCACCUGACCAAAGCCCACCUCUUCUAUGAUGGGAGAAUUAAAUGGAUGCCGCCUGCCAUCUAUAAAAGCUCCUGCAGCAUCGAUGUUACCUUCUUCCCCUUUGAUCAGCAGAACUGUAAAAUGAAAUUUGGCUCUUGGACGUAUGACAAAGCUAAGAUAGACUUGGUGAGCAUGCACAGCCACGUGGACCAACUGGACUACUGGGAAAGUGGGGAGUGGGUCAUCAUUAAUGCUGUGGGCAAUUACAACAGCAAGAAAUAUGAAUGCUGCACAGAGAUCUACCCUGAUAUAACUUACUCCUUCAUUAUCCGGAGGCUGCCACUGUUCUACACAAUCAAUUUGAUCAUUCCCUGCCUGCUUAUCUCCUGCCUGACCGUCUUGGUCUUCUACCUACCUUCUGAGUGUGGAGAGAAGAUAACCUUGUGUAUCUCUGUGCUGCUGUCCCUCACGGUGUUCCUGCUGCUCAUCACAGAGAUCAUCCCUUCUACCUCCUUGGUCAUCCCCCUGAUAGGAGAGUAUCUGCUCUUCACCAUGAUAUUUGUCACCUUAUCUAUCAUCAUCACUGUCUUUGUGCUCAACGUGCACCACCGUUCCCCACGUACCCACACGAUGCCUGACUGGGUGAGGAGAGUCUUCCUUGACAUAGUCCCACGUCUCCUCUUCAUGAAGCGUCCCUCCACAGUGAAGGACAAUUGCAAGAAGCUUAUCGAAUCUAUGCACAAAAUGACCAACUCACCAAGGUUUUGGUCCGAGGCCGACAUGGAGCCCAACUUCACUACCUCAUCCUCCCCCAGCCCCCAGAGUAAUGAACCUUCACCCACAUCUUCCUUCUGCGCCCACCUUGAGGAGCCAGCCAAGGCCCAGCCAAUGUGCAAAUCCCCUUCUGGACAGUACUCAAUGCUGCACCCUGAGCCCCCACAGGUGACGUGCUCCUCUCCGCAGUCCUCCUGCCACCCCCUGAGUGACACCCAGACCACAUCCAUCUCAAAAGGCAGAUCGCUGAGUGUUCAGCAGAUGUACAGCCCCAAUAAGACAGAGGAAGGGAACAUCCGCUGUAGGUCCCGCAGCAUCCAGUACUGUUACCUGCAGGAGGACUCUUCCCAGACCAAUGGCCACUCCAGUGCCUCUCCAGCAUCGCAGCGCUGCCACCUCAAUGAAGAGCAACCCCAGCACAAGCCCCACCAGUGCAAGUGUAAGUGCAAAAAGGGAGAGGCAGCUGGCACGCCGACUCAAGGAAGCAAGAGUCACAGCAACAAAGGAGAACACCUUGUGCUGAUGUCCCCAGCCCUGAAGCUGGCAGUGGAAGGGGUCCACUAUAUUGCAGACCACCUGCGAGCAGAAGAUGCAGAUUUCUCGGUGAAAGAAGACUGGAAGUACGUAGCGAUGGUCAUUGACCGGAUCUUCCUCUGGAUGUUCAUCAUUGUGUGUUUGCUGGGGACCGUUGGGCUCUUCCUCCCACCGUGGCUGGCAGGAAUGAUCUAA